AUGGCGCAGGUUCGACCGGCGCAGCCCGUUGGCAAAGGCAGGUACCCCUCGGGCGCGGCCACGACGAUGGAGCAAGCGGCCAAGCUCGCGAAGACGGAGCGUGACGUGGCAAUCGAAGAGGCCGCGGCAGCGCUCGUCCAAGUGCAUGCGACCAAGGAGGAGUGCCGUCUCUUGAAGGAGGAGUUGGCAAAGCUGCAGCGAGGCAAACCUCCUGCACCGACUCAGCUGCUCGACAAACUCUGGUCCAUUGUGCACAAGAUUCACGGCGGCAACUAUUCAAAGGCCCAGCUGUACCAAGUGCUUGUGGACCACCUCGGACCGUCUACGGUGGCCACGCGACCAUUUCCCAGCGAGCAGCACACGACGGUGGACGCGACGAGUUUGGCAACCGAAGUCAAGCGCGAAAUGGAAGUUCUUUUUGAACGCAGCGAAGCCUCGAUGGUAGCGGUACUCGAUGCCUCCCAUGCGCAGCUCCACGCCAACCUGCAAGUGCUCUCGACACAGCUCUCGUCCUGCGGCUCGUGCGCCCGGUUCAAGCAGUUGCAUGCGUACCAAGCCGAUCUUUUGUUGCAGACAAAAGCCAGCUACGAGCUCCAGCUGCAAGCGUUUGAAGGGAAGAUUGGCAUCCUCUUCCAGCAACUCGAGCACGAGCAGCAGCGAAAGCAGGCAGUCCGGGCAUCGGAUGCGACUACCUCGGUACUGAAUCAGCUCAAGAGUGCCGAGGCCAAAGUGCGCGCACUGGAAGCCCAGAUGGCGAUGACGUCGACGCAGCAAGCGCGCGCGUACGAGACGCGCAUCGAGGCUCAAUGCGACCAAGUGCGCAUUUUGGAGCACCGAUUGGAGCACGAGCAGUCGAUGAACCUCCAGCUGCACUGGGAGAUGGAGCGCAAGGCGUCCAAAGAGCUCGACGAACUCACCAAGACCAACACGGAGCUCGGGCAAGAGUUUUACAUUCAAUCCCAGCAAUUGCACGAGCACGAAGCCGAGAUUCGCGAACUCACAAAGACCGUCGAGUGGCUACAAGAAGCAUGGCAAGGCGAGCGCGCGCAGCGACUGCACUACGAACACCAAGCGCACCACGAGGCGCCUUCCCACCCCCUUGACCUUCUGUCGUCGCCCGAGAAGAUCACAAAGGACGCCACCGCGCAGACUCUGGACCUCGGAAACGUCGAUACAAUCGUGCAGACAAAAGUAGAGUGUUGCAACAAGCCGACGACAGCAGCAUCUGCACAGCGCGGCUUUGAUGCGGCGGUGCAAUGUGUCCUACCGAGUACGAUGAUCCAAGCUACCAACACGGACGACGCACUGUUGUUGUCUGCGGUGCUCGGGCAUGUGGAGUACCAGAACCUCGACGCCGACUGCCUGCGUGCGCAAGAGAACGCUGCCCGCUCCGAGGCUGCGCUGGUUGAGGCGCAAGCGCAAACGACUCAGUCUUGCAACGCAGCGGCGCAACACGAGGCGACCAUCGCCAAGCUCCAAGCCGAGCUGCAUCACGCAUCCGAGUUGCUAGAAGCGGCAUCAACUCAACCACCAGUGGACGACAAUGCUGCGCUAGCGAGCCAGACAGCGCUAGAAGAGCUCCACGCGCGGUACACGGCCGAUCAACUUCAGUGGCGCACCGAGACCUCACAGCUCGUGGCGACUGCGACAAGCGAGCGAGACUUUCUCACGAGCCGCUGCGUUGAGCUUGACGCCAGUGCGGGGCUCGUCCGUGCGCAGCUUGCAAUGCACGUACGACACUGGCGCCGCGAGUGCCGUGCAAGUCCAAGGAUAGACGCGGCGACUUGA